UGCAUUUUUUAAAUCGCUCUGGUACAAUUUUUGUGUGCAGAGGUGCAUCCUGGCGUCUUUUCUUAAGUGAUAAAUAGAUUAUUUAUCUGGAAAGAUAUUGGUGCUAACAUGGCAGAGUUAAAUGGAAUAACGAAUCUUUCAAAAACUGUUUCAUUAUGGAUGUGGAUAAUGGUGACUGCGACUUGUGUAACAGCCAUAUCGUUUCGGGAGCAGCCAGAAAGUGCAACCGCCAUCGCCGGAGAAACGAUAGAACUUCACUGUGCAGUCAAUAACCAGGCUGAUCUCAAACUCUACUGGCAGAACCUCGACACCGCCUCCUACAUUAGUCUGAAUAGGAGAUUGAACCCAUACGGCCAGGUCGGCGAAGAACAAUUGAGCAGAAUCGAAAUCACAGGCGAUGUCGAUAGAGGCGAGUACCAUCUCAGAAUCACCAAUGCGUCUAAAGCUGAUGAAGGAAGGUAUGCUUGUGUGUUCUUUCUUAACUUCAACUAUUACAGUCAGGUUGCCAAAAUCAAGGUAGUUCGACCACCCGAUCGGGGCUACCCAAAAUGCGCGAUCGAUCCGAUAAGGAGGGCGAAUGUUGGGGAUAACAUCACGCUGACUUGUGAAUCGCGAGGAGGAGAUCCGCCCGCGACGUUGUCCUGGGUGAGAGGGACGACACGGUUGAUCACAAAGCGAGGGCGCCACCAUACAGGUGAUCCGAUUGUCCAUUAUUCCAUGACGCUUACAGAAGAAGAUUCGGACGUCCGAUUCACGUGCGUUGCCACCAACCCUGCCCUACAACAACCAAGUACCUGUUCGCUGACUCCACUCCGCAGCAGCCUUGGUGUUCUACUUCGACCUGUAGUCGCCAGCGUGAAGGUGGGCGAAGCCUUCACCUUUGUUUGCAUCACGGAGAGAAUACCGAACCUUGUUUACCAAUGGUACAUCAACAACGAACCCAUCGAUGGCCGGGAGCCACGAUUCACCUACAUCCGUGGCGGUCAAAGACUCCUGAUCGAGGCUGUCACCAUGGAGGACGAUUAUGCUCUAGUUAAGUGUGAGGUCACCCAGAAGGAUUACAGCUAUUCAGGUUCAGCAGUGGGUCUCCUUUGGGUACAGCCCAACGGCAUUCCUGAUGUCCUGGAGACCACAACUGAAGCACCCCGCAGGAUACCCACAACAAGCAUCGUAGCCAAGGUUCGAGCGACUACCACACCGCCAAUGGCAACAACUACAAUUGCCACAACAACAGUUUCAACCACUACAUCACCGCCAACCACAACCGUACCUACAACCAUAGCAACCACAAAAGCAAAAACGAAGACGACACGGCCUACAAUACCUGAAGUGCCACUUGUUGUCAAUGAUGGUAACAUUGUGCUUUACGAGUCUUCAUCGUCGUCGUCUGUGUCAGCUCUUUCCAGUUUCAGUUCGGUGUCGUCACUUUCGUCCGAUAACGACUUACUCGAUCCCGGAAGCGAGGCUGUGAGCCAAGUUGAAAACAUACCUGAGACCGAAACUGACGGACCUCUCGAAGCAUCUACAGCAGAAGUGACCAAGACGCUGCCUCCAAACAUGGAUAAUAAUGAUCUAACUCCGACCGAAAAUCAAGAAGAAACGAAUGCAAAUAUCGUCCAAAACGCAACUCGUCCAGUUGAAAAUUCAACAAACAAUAUUGCAGAUGCUUUUGUGACGCCCUCUACUCAAGGAACCAUCGUGGACAACGAAAUCGUUGCAGACGGCCAACAUAACACUGUUACCAUGGAGAUUGGUAGUGGUGAUGAGAUGAACAAUGCGAUAAACGAGCUGAGCAUCUACACGGAUGCUGAAAUUCGGCUGCCUAACGAAACUGGUUUCAAAACCGGACGAUUACGGGGUACUCCCAACUGGGGCUUGAUUGCGGGGUUGUUCGUCGUGUUUCUCCUGGUGGUCGUCGCGCUCAGUGCCUUAGCAGUAUUUCUCUAUCGGAAACAUGGCAAAGAGACAACAUCGACGUCAUCCACGUGAUCGUAAGGAGGAUCCGAAUGGAAGACACUAUCAAGACCUUGACAGAGGUUUAUCAGAAUUGGUAUAACUUAAAGCGUGAGGCAGUUACGCGAUGUUUUGCAGUUUAGGAUUUAAAUUUUAUACUCUGUGCUGCAGUAUUCAGGAACAACGGACAGCUGCAGUAAGAAUGAAGUUUUAUUAUCUCUUUCAGCAAUCUCUUACCGAGAUAUAUCACUAAAAACGUACCUUUAAUUGGAUAUCGUCCCAAGAAGGAUCAACAACGUUUCAAAGACUUUCGCGUGAAUCGUUCUUUUUAUUUGAGGUAUGUCAAACAUGUCAAAUGUGUAUAUUUUGGUGUAAAUAAUAUUGUACAGUGUCAUUAGUAUAUGAUUGCUCUAAAGGAUUGUAUAGUUCAAAGUACAUACUCCACAUUUAAAUAGGCCUAAUAUCGACAUUUUCGUAAAGAACUAAAUUGCCAAAAAAGUAAAUUGCCUGACCUGUUUACAAACAAGUUAUGAUAGAUUCGAUGCUCAAGGAUGAUAUAUGGUGUGUUGAAUUCCAUUUUUUAAAGGAAAGAUCAACACAUUGUAACACCUUAAUUGAUAGAUACUCAAAGAGGGGGUUAAUAGAGCAAGUGGAUAUUUUUAUUUUUAUAUGCUCAAUACAUGCAUGAGUUUUAUGAGUUAAUCAUUUAACUUGAUUUUGUACGUACAAGUAGUUCAUAAACACCCCUGGAAUACUGAUUUGUUAUAAAUAGAUCCGUGUGGACCAUAAAAUAAAAUGGGCCAUAAAAUAUGUAAGAGGUAAUAUACAAUACCCCUUGGGAAAAGUGGGGGAUACCUUUGUCAAUGAAAGUGUUAUUUAGGUAAGAGGCACCAGUCCUCGAUCCUUGCGAAGAUACCCGUACACCUUUGCUCCUACAAUAUUAUUAUUGAGUUUAUUGUACAGUCAUGAUCAUAUAUCGUUGUGAUAUACCCUGUAUAAAUUUAUAUGAAAUGAAUAUGACAUACAUGUAUUUCAUAAAUGAUAAAAUAUUCUACGUACGGCAGGAAACAGUUAGAGGAUUUCUCACAGUUAAAGAAAUUUGAGUUUGUUUAUCGAUGGGAAGGAAAAAGAUACCUAAACUAUCCUAUAUAAUCGGUCCAUGAUAUCCCUAAACCCAUCAUUAAACUAACCUCAAUAUAACCAGGGAGGUCCCUGAUACAGGUGUAUACCUAAAUCAUGGACCAUAUGACACUAGAACAUGACUUUGAGUCAGUUUUCUGAGGAGUUUGGUCAUAUGGUGACGGACAUCUUGGACACGGUCCAGUCUGCCACCUGCCCUGUCUAUCUGUUGAUAUAUUAACAGGACAA